AUGUCUCAUCACUCCAUCCUUGGGAUCUCUGGACAAAAGCACUUCAGCUCCUGUUCAAUGGCUUCACCUAAACAUGGGAGCUCACACCACACAUUCUCUCACUCUUCCAAAUCUGCAUCUCAUGGUCUCAAGCCACUGCAUUGCUUUAGCAGCAGAAGUGCCCAUAGUAUGGGCUCCAAAGGUCACAAGAUCUCAGUAGGAAGUUUCCAUUCUGGAAAAAGUGGACAUGGAUCUUGUCAUGGAUCUGGUCAUGGAUCUGGAUAUGGAUCUGGACAUGGUAUUGGAGGACAUGGCUAUGGAUUUGGGGGAUCAGGAAAUUCUGGGGGCAUCACCCAAGUAACUGUGAACCAAGGUCUGCUGGCUCCCCUCAACUUGGAGAUUGAUCCAAGCAUUCAGCGAGUGAGAACUGAGGAGAAGAAUCAAAUUAGGGGUCUGAAUGACAAAUUUGCUACUUUCAUUGACAAGGUAGGAACAUUUAAAAGAUCCAAAUGCAUACAGAAUGAAAAGAAUGCUAGCCAGUAAAUGAAAGAAAGUAGUCAGUUUCAGUAUAACAGAAAGGCACACCAGUCCUAUUAUUGGCAAGAGAAUCUCAAGAAUAAUGUCAAUAAUUGCUGGCAUUAUAUUUUUAGAUUCCGAACAUGGUACAUUUCAGGUUUUCGGAACAUGUUUAUAAAAUUGAGAGCCAAAUCAUAAGAAGGCUUGCAUAUUUAAAUCAAUUGUAGGCGAUUUAAUUUAUUCCUUCAAUGUUCCAGAUUAUGUCUACUGCACUAUAACUCACGUGAAGCUAAACACCAAAUGAGUGGCUACAUAUCGUUAGAGUCAAGAAUUGUAGUCCACAAUGCACAACAUUUGUGAUGUUUAGAAUUGUCACUUUAGUAAUGUAACUGUAUAAAAAUAAAAAUAAUUAUGAAAUGUAAGAUGCCUAAAAUCUUUAAAUAUUUAUCAUUUUAACUUUCUAGAACUAUGUAACAUAAUAUGUAGGGCCCAUUUUAUUUUGUUUAAACAUUACCUGUUUUAUGUUUUGUAUAUAUAUAUAUAUAUAUAUAUAUAUAUAUAUAUAUAUAUAUAUAUUUAUUUUUUAAUUCUACCAUUAGUAGAUAUUCCUUCUUAACAGUUUUACACUUUUUAUUAUACAAAUAUUUACAUGAUUUUAUUUUUACAAUUAUUUAUUCAACCAUUCAUAAAUCUUGAAAUAACUAGAGGGGGUUAUAAAGCCACAUAGUAUUACAUAUAAUGCUUUAUCAUUUGCCUUGCAAUAAUUUAUAAAAAAAUAUAUAUAUAUAUAUAUUUAUGCAAGUGCCAAAACUGUUUUGUAACAGUUUAUAGAAUAAUAAAUAUGAAUAACAUGAUCACAUACUCAGCUUAAGAGUGUAUGAAUAGAGUCAGCUGGCAUUUAUAGCAUUUAUUGUAGUGCAGAUCCACAAAAUACAUAUUCACACAUAAAAUAAAUAAAAUACAUUUGCCUGGCUGAAACCAGGCAUCUGUAUUACAAUAGGGUUUGCAUAUUGCUACUGUGACCUGCAUCUCAGCAUUAAUAAUGCUCCAGCAUCCCUACCUCCUUCCCAACUGAUGGAGUUCUAGAGUUCUGUUCAUACUUAUCAGUGUACUGUUUGAGAAGGAAAAGAUGUAUGGUCAUUUACAAUCCCUCUGCAUGUGACAGAUGAAUUUACCAAACCUCCAGCUGAGAUUUUCUUUUCUCAGCUAGAUGGGGACUAACACUGAAAUGUAGUUGCCGGUUGCAAUUAAGUAAGGUAUAUUAUUUGAUUAACCCCUUAAGGACACAUGACAUGUGUGACAUGUCGUGAUUCCCUUUUAUUCCAGAAGUUUGGUCUUUCAGCGGUUAAACUGAAAUGAAUAAUGUAUUCUUUACAUUAGGUGAGAUUUUUGGAACAACAAAACAAGAUGUUGGAGACUAAGUGGGGUUUACUGCAAGAACAGAAAACUUCACGUUGUCAAAUUGAGCCUUUGUUUGAAGCUUUUAUCAGUAAUCUCAGGAGACAGCUGGAAAAUCUCAGUUGUGAGAGAGCACGUCUGGAAGCAGAGAGGAACAAUAUGGAGCAAACUGUAGAGGAACUAAAGAGAAGGUAUUAUUUUUUUUUUAUGAUACCACUUGCAUUUAUAAAUUAUACUCAUGAAAACUAAUAUAAAAGUUAAACAGGAUCUUUAAACAAACAGUAGGAUUUUAAAAGACAUGAAUCAAUGACAUGAUUCCACCAGAUCAACAGAAGACAAUGUUUGAUACCAUGCACAUCGUGAUAAAAAACCCUGUGUGGGUUGCAAUGUCGCCUUAAAUCCCACUGUUUGGUGAUCUUGUGUAACUUUAUAUAUUGAGACUUGGACCCUGAAUCAGGUUCUGUUCCGUUGAUUAUUUUCCUGGGAUAUUAUGGUGCAUAUUUGGUUUAGAGUCAAAGAAAGGGCAUCUUAAAUAAGCAAGCAAGAUGCCACAAUGUUUUAUAUUUAAUACUAUAGAUAUUUUAUGUUUACUAUUACAGAUAUGAAGAAGAAGUGAACAGACGCACAGCAGCAGAGAAUGAGUUUGUUGGACUUAAGAGGGUAAGGAAAAGGCAAAAAUAUAUAAAUAUAUGUUUAUGCUGAACUGCAAAUGUGUUAUAAUCAAUUAAACCAACUGUAGGUAUUAUUGCUAGUAUUUUGCUGAUGUGGCAUGUUUCCAAUCCUUGUUGUCUUCUUCAGGAUGUAGACACAGCUUUUAUGAACAAAGCGGAAUUACAAGGAAAGGCUGAUUCCCUCUCUGAUGAAAUCAAUUUCCUGAGAACUCUCUAUGAUGCUGUAAGUGUAUUUAAGAUUUUUUAUUUAAAUUUUUUUAUGAAAUUUGUUCAAACCAAAACAUCACAAGGACAAAAAUCAUACCAUCCGCAACAAAAAUAUUUUAAAGAAGAAACAAUUUGGAUUAACCAACUUUUUUUUUUUUUUUUACUUUUGCCUAGUUUGUUAUUAGUAAUAAUCACUUUCCCAGUAAUUCAAUAAUUUAAUUAGAUCACCAGUACAUCAACAAGUCUAUUACAUCCUCUAGGUUAAUUGGCACUUUUUUUUUUUUUUUACAAGAUUUUGUGUCUAUCCCCUUGUUUUCCUGCAGGAAAUUGCCCAGCUCCAGGCUCAGAUCUCAGACACCUCAGUGGUUGUGUCCAUGGAUAACAGUCGGGAUCUGGACCUGGAUGGAAUCAUCGCUGAGGUCAGAUCUCAAUAUGAAGACAUUGCUAACAGGAGCAGAGCCGAAGCUGAAGCCAUGUACCAGUCACGGGUGAGUUUAGUAGACUCCAAUAUCCACUACAUAAUAUUUCAGUAUUUAUUUCCAGCUGAGGUUAUAUUCUAUACGUUUUCAAUAACACUUCAAUAUACUUUUUUUGGUAGUUUGAGGAGCUUCGUACAGCCGCAGGAAGAAAUGGGAACAAUCUGCAGAGCAGCAAAGAUGAGAUCUGUGAGCUGAACCGAGCAAUUCAGAGACUGAAGGGAGAGAUAGACGGUGUGAAGGCUCAGGUAAAUAUAGCUAUUUAAUUAUACUGCUAUGCAUAGGAUAAUGCUAGGAUUGCAUAGAAUGUGGAUUUCUAGAGUUAUUCUGUGUAGGUGGUAAUACGUCGUGAGACAUUCUUCAUAAUGAUUUUAGCCAAAAUAGUGGCAAACUGACGAAGUCUAUACAACAUGUAAAGCUUUACCAUAGACAAUGCUUAGGUCAAGAGGGAAGAUUUUUUUUUUCAGCGAGAUUGUUAUUAAACAGGAACCUGAAAUGCAGGACCUGGAGUUUUGACUGUUACAGUAUGCAGACAGGAAUAUAUUCAAUAGAUUACACAAAAGAAACAUGAACUGAACAAGGCAACACACUAGGAUUGGAACCCUGGACCAGAUACUAUUUUAUUUAAUGCGUCUGCCAGUGUUGGCUCUGCCCUCGAUCUCAGCCAAUCCAAUGCUUUCCCUUUGUACAUAAGUGGCAAAAUGCCACUCUGGCCAAUCAGCAUCUCCUCAUAGAGAUGCAUUGACUUAAUGCAUCUCUUUGGGGAAAGUUCAGCAUGUCUAUGCAGAGCACAUUAUGCAGCACUGCCCCGGAAAGCACUUUGAGUGGUUCUUUGAAAAGGCAAUGUUUAUAGCAUAAUAUCUGCAGGGUCUAUACUCACCAGAACAACAACAUAUACUAUACUCACCAGAACAACAACAUUAAGCUGUUGUUGUCCCUUUAUUAAAGAAAGAUAAGAGAUGAUACUGUGCCUUCUGAUGAUACUGUGCCAUCGCUGACAAUGUAACUUCUCUGAAUAUAUUAAAUAAUGAAAAUAAAUACUGUAGUUCACUAUUUAAAAAUUAUUCUUUGUUUCCCCAGCGUGCUGCCCUGGAAGGAGCUAUAACAGAAGCUGAAGAACGUGGAGAAUCUGCUGUCAGAGAUGCCAAGAACAAGCUCUCUGAGCUGGAAGGCGCUCUACAAAAGGCCAAGCAGGACAUGGCACGUCAGCUACGAGAAUACCAGGAGCUGAUGAAUGUGAAACUGGCUCUGGAUAUUGAGAUCGCCACCUACAGGAAGAUGCUGGAAGGAGAGGAGGGCAGGUGAGCAUAGUAUGAGCAAAAAUAAUAUAGAUAUGUAUUACAUAUUAGGUUAAUUGCUAGACCUUUAGAAUAUUGAAUAUUUAUUUAAUGGUAAAAUAUCCAAAUUUAUGACAACCUUUUUUUGUUUCAGAUUGGCUACAGAUGGGCAUGUUAAGAUAUGUAAGUGAAUACAUAUUUUUAUAUCAAAUUCAUAAUGAAUGAUGGCAAUUUCAUUAACUUUUUUUAAAUUGCAGCAUAAAACUCUUACCAAUCCUAAAAAGUGAAAAAUUCGUAUUGUUUAAAAAAAAAUAAAAAAUUGAUUGUUACAGAAAAAAAUAAAAUAAAUAAAAUGUCAUUUGGGACUUCAAACUAAAAUCACAAAUGGGUCUUACGGAAAAAUAAUACAUUCUAAAGCUUUAAAAACUAGACAUGGAUAAUAACACUGCAACUCAUUAAUCAGUGCAUUACAUCAGUCAACCUUGAGGAAGAAAAAACUUAGUUGAAUUCAAUGAAAGUUAUAGGAACUAGCCUUUUAGUUGAAAGCACUAAAUUGCAACAACACUGGAGGGCUAUUGAUAGCACUAAAACAUACUUCCAAUUUCUGUUUUUCAAAUUGCUACACUUUGUUUCUUAGUGAAUAGUAGCAUACGUGAACAUGUGUACCAGACCCAGUAUGUGAGAACUUAUAGGAGUGUAUAUUAUUAACAUGAGACGAGAUAACAGAGGUGUGAACAUCAUACACCAUAUAAGUGCCAUUCCUAAUGGAUGUGGAAAACCCUUUUAUGCUUAACAAUGAUAUUGAAGUAUAUCACUGCCUAAUAGUUAGAUAGAGAUAGUUUUGCUACAUUCAAAUAUAUUAAGUAAUUUUCUUUUAAUAUUUAUGUUGUAUCUUGGUAAAAUGUAAUGAAUUUUCUUUUAGCUGUGCUACAUUCCAGCACUGGAGGAAAAUCCAGCUCAGGAGGAACAUCUCAUGGCACAGGAGGCCAUUAUCACAAGGGAGGAUUCAGCUCCAGCAGCUUGAAGAGCAACCACCACACCUCGAGCAAGCACAGCUCUGGACACGGACAUCAUUGCUGAAGUGGAAGAAUAGAUUGUAGUGAAGGCAGUGGGUGAAGUAAUUAUUAUUCCAUUACUGCUCUGCAGGUAAUGAUGCUAUAUUCAUUUGAAAUAUAAUGUAAUUAUUUUCACCCAACUAUAAUUCAUUUGAUAAUUCUGCUAUGAAUUCUGCUUUUCUUGCAUUUUGAAAUCCUUACUGCUUAUCAAUAAACUAAUGCAAACACAUACAAAGUGUCUGUCUGUCAUCUAAGCGAACUGAUAAAAUUAUGGUAAUAUUUUAAAUAUCUCUUCAAUAUGAUCUGGUGGUUAUACAAUGUAUCAUUGGUACAUGUGAUUUACAAAGGAUUGAUCCAUAUUAUUUUCUUUCACUUUGAACUGUAAACGAUGUUUAAAAAGAAGACACUUUAAAAUAUGAUGAAAAAAAGCUUCCUAAACCCCAUAUUAUAUUAUAAGCAAACAGAGGAACCUGACAAAAUAUAAACUUUUUCAUCUAAUAGAAUAAAAAAACAGCAUGCGUCAUCACUGCUCAAAAGCAUCAUAGGUUUUUUACGAUUUACUGUCAUACUUCUAGUAAGUGUCAAGGUGCUGUGAAAUAUAACAGCAAAGCUAAUAAACUGAUUACUAUACACAGAGAAUGAGUAGAUACAAAAUGGUAUAGAAGUACCAAAUGCAGUGCUUUCCCAAAUUUGUGAUCAAAAAGAAGGUAGAAAAAGCAAAUAGAGAGCACACCUGGAACAUGCAUUUCUCUGCAAUGGUGCUAUUUUAGGGACCAGAAUAAAUACAAAAUACAGAUUAAGAAACAGCAUCUUUUCAGAGGUUACUUAAAAUCACAUAUUUUAACUAACAAAUAUAUAGAUUCAGUUACACAAUAUGUCCAUAUAGUACUAAGCCCACCAAUAUGUCAUAGUAUCCAAUAUCGGUGGGUAAUACACAAAUUUUAACAUGGGACAUAAACAUGCUAAGUGUAAUAGGUAAUGCUUAAACAGCUUCCAGAGACUCUCCUCAAACAUAUCCUUUCCUGUGGUCACCUCCAAAUGGUCACCUGGAGUGGAGGGGGGGGGGUAGGGAACAAGAGACACGGGACAAGAGGGAAAGAUUAGAUUAGAAGUAGAAGUCAGAUUAGGGGAUUUUCAGCUUUCAGAAAUAAAAAUAUACAGCAGUUUACAGCAGGUAUGUAGAAAGCUUCUUUGAAUAGGAAGAUUUGAAAUAUUUUUUAUCAAUGGAAUGUGAGUGGAAGCUUGAGCCAGUGUGGUAAGAAAUAUCUUAAGAGAAGCUAUGAGUUAGUAUAAAUAAUAAGAAUGUGAAAAAUACAUAUAUCCUGAAUUGUUAAGGAAGUAUUUGGAGAAAAGCGGAUAAUGCUAGUUAAACCUAUGUAGUCUUCAUUCGUAAGAACUUUAAUCUAGAACUAAAGUGUGCAGAAGCAGAUUAUAGAUAGAGAGACACAUGACCUUAAAAGUAACCCAUAUAUAUUAUAUAUUAGAGAGGUGGGUAAGUGGUAGAGAGACAGGGCUAUUAGAGUGAAUUGAUAUAACCCUUGUGAGAUGUUACUACUGGGUGGAUAAGCAUGUUGACUGCCUCAUCACAAAGAAGAUCUUGGAGAUGCUCCAUACAUGAAGAUUCUAUGUCUAAUCAAGUAGUUGGGUGGUAGGAUUUGGAUCUGUGUAAUUAAGGGAAAAAAUGAGUCAAUGGGAUUGCAUAGUAAGUAAUAUUGAGAACAAUAUCAAAAUAUAAAGGAGAUUUCAUGUGUCGUAUUCAAGAGUGAUUGAAAAUGGUUCCAUUAUAUAGAUCCAAGCAAAAUGUCAGAUAGGCAGUUACUAGUAUGAGACAGGUUUGGAAGUCAUAGGUAGACUACCAUGUCAUCAGCCUAUAAAUGGUACUGAAAUCCAAAGGAAUCUAUGUUUAUUGAGAGAAAAUGUGUAGAUUAUGGAUAGGAAGUGACCAAGUACACAAAAUUGAGGCUCAUCAACAGAUAAUUCUCAAAAUAAGAUUGAGCUAUGAUGUGAACCAGGACAUCUGAUUACAAAUGAGCAAAACAUUUUCAGAAUAUGGGAAUAUUCAAUUAAAUCAAAUGCAGAAAUUUACAGAAGUAUGGGCAUGGAUAAGUACUUUUUAGGUAUAGGUGUGAUAAAAUCAUGUGUUAAUCACUGUUUUGGAAUAAGUAGAUCAAGAGACACAUUUUAAGGCAUCAAGUAGAAAGUUAGAUAAAAAGCGUGCAGACUUGACUUUUCAGUAGUUACAGCCAAGACACAUGAGGCUGUGAUUAUUUUUAAUGAAAAUGUAAGAUCAAGAGAAGGUUACUUUGGUAUAGAAAUGAUGAAUGCUUGUUUAUAUAAACCAUGUAAUGUACCAAAGAUAAGAAAGUAGAUGGGUAGAAUUAGGUGUUAGAAUUGCACAGCAACUUGUGUGUAGGAGCAAAGGAAUAGGUUUAGCACAGAAGGUUAUGAUAUUAAGAGAUUAGAGUUGAGAAGAUAGUUAAUCCUCUAUACUCCUCUAUACUCAAUUACUAUAGGUUUGGGCUUAGAGGGUGACUAAGCAACAUUUAGACUUUCAUUGGAUGAAUACUGGCCAAGACUGAUUGAUUUGUUGCAAUAUAUAAGUAAUUAAUGAGAGUAAAAAAAAUGAUGCAAAAAAUACAGUGUUAAAGAAUAUAAUGUUUUACAAGCAUUGAGCCAAAUACCACUGGAAUUCCUAUCUAGACUAGCUAGGUGUUUAUCCAAGAAGAUGAAUGCUGAUUUGAUAGUAUGUCAUGUUGUCACCACAGCCACCUUAGUAAACGUGACUUCAAGUAACUAGAGCUUCUGGUCUCUUAGACAGCUGUGGAAUAUGUUUAGCAUUUGCACAUUAAUAAAUGAUAUGUACAACUCACAAAACUAGACUUAAAGAUAAAUGAGAAUACUUAGUAAGGGUGCAACCUAAGGAAAGACCAGCUUCCUAACUGGUCAAGAAUCAGUAAAAAAAAAAAUAUAUAGUAACGAGUGCACACAGCACUACUUUGUGUAUCAUUUUUUUUCUUCCUCCGUGCAUAGCAUGUGCUUAUUUGCUCCCUGCAUUUUCCUGCAAAUACAUUUGUUUCUUUAUGUUGGUGUGACUGAAUACAUGAGUAUAUUUGGGUGCAUUCUCUUUGUGUUUGACUGUAGUGUGGUGCCAGUGUGGAGUUUCAGUGCAUGUGAAAACAGGAUUUAAGUGAGGUGUCAGCGUAUGUGAACCGAGGAUUGAAUCUAUGUAAAUGCAGGGAUGUGUAUUCAUACAUUUUCUUUAUUUUUCCUCAUUUACCUAUUCUUGUUAUUCCUGUUACUCUCUCUAGUCCCCACUACUGCUUCCCUUGCCAUCUCCCAACCCUUGCAUCUAUCUCAAUCUCUGCCUACAUCUUGUGUAUCUCUUUUUAUCUUCUCCAAUACGUUUGCAUCUGUCCCAUCCACGUGUGCCAUUUUAAGUAAUGGUUGGUAAAGUUCUAAAAUGGUAAGGUGCUAGAAUCUACCCAUUGAAUUUGACUCUGCCAACUUCACUUCACGAACUCAACCCUCUAAUGCUGUUACAAAGUGAUAGACUUUUGUAGACAGGGCAAUAUGCAGGCUUUUCUUUUAACUCCUUAAGGACAGAGCUUCAGAAGCUUGUCUUUCACUUAAUGACAACAGCAUUUUUUUCAUUUUUUGCUGUUUGCGUUCAACUGCAAUUUGCAUUUUACUAAUUUAUUGCACCAACACAUUAUAUAUAGUUUUUUAAAGGACAGAAAGGGCUUUAAUUUGAUGUAACACACACACACACACAUAUAUAUAUAUAUAUAUAUAUAUAUACAUAUAUAUAUAUAUAUAUAUAAAAAUGCUUAUUUAUUAUAAAAAAAUACAGAAAUAUGCAAAAAAAGAGAACAUUUUUGUGUUUUUUUUAGUUUUUGCAAUAACAACGUGUGUAUAAUUAGUGCAGGUUAAGGAAAGUAAUUAAAAAUAAAUUAAUUUAGUUGUUCUGAUUUACAGAAUAUAUAAUGUGUCUGGGAUUUUAAGGUUUUUUUUAUAGUUACAGGUCACAAAGCACAAGGAGUAAAAUAAACUUUUAAUGUGGAGCAAUUUUAGAAUUUGGUAUGUUUGUCUUGUAAGCUUAAUAGCCAUAAAAGAAAACAAAAUUGCCGCACAAAAGUAUAUAUUUAUAGAAAGUAGACAUCACAGGCUAUUUACCUAAGGUUGUUUUGACACUUUCUACAUAGCCAUUUCACCGCCAACCUCUGCUAACUAUUGGAGUAAAAUUGUGUUUUAUUUUGUUUUUGGCACACAAACCUAUAACAAAGAACUUCUUGUGUGUAUUUUGUAAAGUUGGUGUGUGCUAUUCCUGUACAAAGUUUUAUUUUGUGUUCAGUUAUAUCUGCUGAGUAAAUUGACACCCCCAUUGUAUGUCUUUGGCACUAUUUCGUGAAGCUAUAGUGCCAUAUAGGAGACCUGUCCUUUUCAGUAAUCACAGUAGAAUUUUGAGAGACAGAUUUAAUGAGCCUAUGCUUCCAUUUGGGGUAUUAUAACAGUUUGACUGUUCAGAAAAAACCCACAAAGGCCUACCAUUUGUAAGAGUAGACACUUCAGGGUAUCUCAUAAGGUGCAAAUUGUGCCUUAACAUGUAAUACAGUAAAUACAGUAUUUUCCAGUGGGACACGUACAUAAAAGAGUAAUCCAAAAAGAUACUCAAAACACCUUAGUGAUUACCCUUCACCCUCACAUAAAAUUUAGAUAUACAUACAGUGUAAGGUGGAGUUUCUUCUGGUUACAGAUAAAUUCAGGUAAAUUCUAAAAGUAGAACAGAUAAUAACACUUGAUAGUGCAAUAUUGCCUGAAUAGAGAAUAUAGUGAGGAUAAAAUAUAUAGUAACACACUCACAAAAUUAGAGCCUGUAAUACAAGGCUCAAUUUUCCAGCGCUGUGGGAUUAAGGAUCACCACUUCCUUCUUUUUAGCUUGCCAGGGGAUGGAAAAAAUCCAAUGUCCUCUCACAUAUCGGUAUAAAAUGGUAAAAAGUGCUUUAAUAGUAAAGUGCACAAAUAGAAAUAAAAAACAAGACCUUACAGUUGAAGGUAAUCUUGUUAGAGUAGUCUCUAGCUGCAAUACGCGUUUCGCCUCGUCUGGAGGCUUCCUCAGUUGCUCUGGUUGAUUGUAGUUCAUAAUCUGUAUUUAUAUCCAGUCUUUUGCGCCCUUUUUUUGCUCUCCUCUCCCUGUUCGCGGCAUUUUCACUUCCGCGUUCCACCGGUGGAACGCAUCAAUCGAGUCACUUCCGGUUUCGGCUUUUGCGUUCCACAAGUGGAACGCAUGCAAUAUUCCUCCGGUUUUCAUGUGUUGAGGUGUAAAUAAAUUGUGAAAAACAGUCCAUAUGGGUAUAGGGAGGUAUAGGGAGCAUGAAACUCAUAGUUCAUUAAUGAAAGAGGUAUAAGUAUAUAAUAAGCAUUCCCAACAAUCAGAUAGAGGGCAUAGACAUUCCAAACAUGCAAAUCUGACAAGUAACUGUCUGGGGAGAAAAAAGGACCCUGAUGUAAAUCAGCAUAAAAAAAGGAAAAUAUGCUGAAAAUAGGCAAGUGCUAGAUAAAAUGUAAAUAUAAUAAUAGGUAUGACAAUAAAAGGAAUAAAAAAAAAAAAAAAGGGGGAGAAACCUAUUAAGACCACAUAAAAAAGCUAAAUGGUUUAUGUAUUAGUACCUUAAAACAAUAUGGUUUAUGUAAUAGUACCUUUAGACAAUAUAUAAAAUUCUUAAUAAAAAUGGCAUUUAGAACAGGCCACUUAUAUUAAACGGCAGUUUUUGGAAAAGGGGUACAAUGAAAUAUCUUUGAACCAAGAUUUAAAAGAAGUUGGGAGAUUAAAGAGAAAACAACUCAUACAAUAUAAACCAAAGACAAUACAGAUGGACACCAAUGAAGUCCCCUUUAUUUGUGAUUUUAAUGGACAAAAUAGACGUGUUCAUAAAAUUAUAAAUAAGCAUUGGCAUUUAUUAAAAGAUGACCCAAUCCUAUUUAAAAUCUUACCAACAAAACCCAGAAUCACGUAUAGAGGAGCUAAGAAUUUAAAAAAUAUUUUAGUCAAAAGUCAUUUAAACCCCACAAAACCUAAGCACUUUCUUCAAGAUCUUAAAGGAUUUUACGGUUGUGGCACAUGUCUUCCAUGCAGAAUUACCAAACAAACAAAAAGGCACUUUGAAAACUUAGAAGAUCUCAUCCAGAAACCAUUCAUCAUUAAAGACCACCUUACGUGUCAUUCUAAAGGCAUUGUAUAUAUUCUACAAUGUCCCUGUAAGUUACUCUAUGUUGGGAGAACUAUUAGACCUUUAAAGGUUAGGAUCGCUGAACACAUACGGAACAUUAGGAAUGGCUUGGAGACUCACAGCGUAUCCCAACAUUUUAAAGAUGUCCACAACCAAAACCCAGAGAAUUUAUUUUUCUGUGCUAUUAAAGAAGUAAAGAGAGAUUGGAGAGGGGGUAAUUAUAUUAAACUAUUAGGUAAAGAAGAAAUGAAAUAUAUAUACACUUUUAAAACCCUUAUCCCCUAUGGGUUAAAUUUAGACUUUGAAGUUUGCCAUUUUUAAUUAAGAAUUUUAUAUAUUGUCUAAAGGUACUAUUACAUAAACCAUAUUGUUUUAAGGUACUAAUACAUAAACCAUUUAGCUUUUUUAUGUGGUCUUAAUAGGUUGGUCCCCCUUUUUUUUUUUUUUAUUCCUUUUAUUGUCAUACCUAUUAUUAUAUUUACAUUUUAUCUAGCACUUGCCUAUUUUCAGCAUAUUUUCCUUUUUUUAUGCUGAUUUACAUCAGGGUCCUUUUUUCUCCCCAGACAGUUACUUGUCAGAUUUGCAUGUUUGGAAUGUCUAUGCCCUCUAUCUGAUUGUUGGGAAUGCUUAUUAUAUACUUAUACCUCUUUCAUUAAUGAACUAUGAGUUUCAUGCUCCCUAUACCUCCCUAUACCCAUAUGGACUGUUUUUCACAAUUUAUUUACACCUCAACACAUGAAAACCGGAGGAAUAUUGCAUGCGUUCCACUUGUGGAACGCAAAAGCCGAAACCGGAAGUGACUCGAUUGAUGCGUUCCACCGGUGGAACGCGGAAGUGAAAAUGCCGCGAACAGGGAGAGGAGAGCAAAAAAAGGGCGCAAAAGACUGGAUAUAAAUACAGAUUAUGAACUACAAUCAACCAGAGCAACUGAGGAAGCCUCCAGACGAGGCGAAACGCGUAUUGCAGCUAGAGACUACUCUAACAAGAUUACCUUCAACUGUAAGGUCUUGUUUUUUAUUUCUAUUUGUGCACUUUACUAUUAAAGCACUUUUUACCAUUUUAUACCGAUAUGUGAGAGGACAUUGGAUUUUUUCCAUCCCCUGGCAAGCUAAAAAGAAGGAAGUGGUGAUCCUUAAUCCCACAGCGCUGGAAAAUUGAGCCUUGUAUUACAGGCUCUAAUUUUGUGAGUGUGUUACUAUAUAUUUUAUCCUCACUAUAUUCACUAUUCAGACAAUAUUGCACUAUCAAGUGUUAUUAUCUGUUCUACUUUUAGAAUUUACCUGAAUUUAUCUGUAACCAGAAGAAACUCCACCUUACACUGUAUGUGUGCCUUAACAUGCCCCCAUUUUUUCACCAAUAGAUGCCAAAGUAUGUGGUAAAAAAUAAUUUUGUGCAUUUUUUACAUAUGGAUUGCAUUUUUGCUGGGCAUUUUGUAUAUUUCACAUGUGCCCCUAGGUUCAAACCCCCCAAAUUAUGUUCAGCUAAGUCUUCUGAGUAAAAUGACACUGUAUUGUAUGUCUUUGGCACUAUUUCGUGAAGCUAAAGUGCCAUAUAGGAGACCUGUCCUUUUCAGUACUCACAGUAGAAUUUUGAGACACAGAUUUAAUGAGCCUAUGCUUCCAUUUGGGGUAUUAUAACAGUUUGACUGUUCAAAAAAACCCCACAAAGGCCUACCAUUUGUAAAAGUAGACACUCCAGGGUAUCUCAUAAGGUCCAUAUUGUGCCUUAACAUGCCCCCAUUUUUUUACCAAUAGAUGCCAAAGUAUGUGGUAAAAGAUAAUUUUGUGCGUUUUUUACAUAUGGAUUGCAUUUUUGCUGGGCAUUUUGUAUAUUUCACAUGUGCCACUAAGUUCAAAUCCCAGAGAUUAAAUUCAGCUAAGUCUUCUAAGUAAAAUGAUACCCCCAUUGUAUGUCUUUGGCACUAUUUCGUGAAGUUACAGUGCCAUAUAGGAGACCAAGCCAUAUCAGUUUUUACCGAACUUUGAAUUUUGACGCUGGGCCUAUGUGCAAUUUCCAAGCAUCUUAGCAGGUUUUAAAUUCAAACUACCCCACAAAGGCCUUACAUUUCUCAAAGUAGACACCCCAUGGUAUUUCAAAAGGUAUAUUCUAAACCUUAGUGUAGGAUCAUUUUUUUGUUAGUUUGUACCAAGUCUAGUUGCAAUUAGCAUUUUUUCUGCCUUUUUGACACACACUUGGAGAUGUUACUGUAUAUUUUGCUAUACUUAUUUGUGCUACGGCAGUAUAACACCUAAUAUGUUGCUCAGCUAUGUCAUCUUAGUGCAACGAUAACCCCAUGUGUACCUUUCUCAGGGUUAUGUGGAUGUUGAAGGGGCACAUUGGAGACACACCAUUUCCAUAAUUUUCAAAAGUGGGCCCAAGUCUCAUUGUAGCAGCUCAGGACUGCAAAUUACCUCUCAAAGGCCACAUAUAUUUUUAAGUAUAAGCAGCUCAUCAAUUCAAAUUAUGAACAAGUGCAUACUAUUUGCUGUGAAAAGGUGGAAUAGUUGGGGUAAACUUAUCCGGGGGUAGUACCCAGUCAUCUGCAUCCCGGGCAAAGCUGUCAUGGAUUCCGAAACCAAAACACAGACAGACCACAAAGAGAGAGAACACAAAGAGAGAAACUUGUAAUACCGGUCCUUAGAAUGGCCGGGCUAUACAAGCAGAGAAUUGUCAAGGUACAAGCCGAGGUCAAAGGAGUAAAGAGAAACGGAACAACGAUAGGACAAGCCGAGGUCAAGGAUCAGAGAAGACAGGAUAAGCGUGAGACAAAGCCAAGAUUCGGUAACCAAUCAGACAGUUGACUAAAAAUCACACCCCAAAACUGGUCUACUUAUUCGGCCUGGGUGUGAAAAUUUUUAAAACAGUGACCAAUACAUAGGCUGGGCUAAGAGGGGCAAUCAAGGCAGUAAUAGCUGGUCUCAGCAAUUACGCCCCUCUUGUAACACACCCUGCACCUUUUCUGGGGGUUUUGUUUUUUAGGGGUUGGUGGAAUCUUAAAGCAAAAGUGACCUGCCUCCAUUCUUCUGCUAGGCUCCACUGAUGGUCUCCUUGUGUGGCACUCAAGUAGCCCAGAAAUGAGCUCAAACUAGAAUGAAAGAAAAGUGCUUUUCAGCACAGCAUUUGCCUUUUUAAAAAUGGCAAAGGCAUUGUGGAUUGCCAUCUGCAUCAGAUAUAUGCCCACUUUUUUAUACCAUGGCCUGGUCUUACGCAUGAUCAAAUACGACUGCAUCAGUUGAUCGGACACGUCAACGCCCCCCAUAUGCCGAUUAUAUUGCCGUAUGCAGACUGGUACUUGUUUACAUUCCUCUCUGCCAUGAACUGCGACCCUCCGAGUGUUUUCACCAUGGAUGGUGGCAUCCUUUUUAUCCCUGUACUUGAGUGCCAGCAGUUCACUCUGGCAGAGAGCUGCUGUUUCCCCCCUUUUCAUUUUUUUGUUCGCUGGAGCCUUUGGGAAAACUGUGCGACUCUUCCGAAUAGCGCCACAAGCCACAGUCUCGAAGCAGUACAACAUUUUUAACAGUGGGAUGCUAUUAUAAAAGUUAUCGAUGUAUACAUGAUAACCUUUAUUAAGUAGUGGCAUUACUAAGUCCCAGACAAUUUUCCCACUUGUUCCUACUAUAUCUGGGCAACCUGGGGGCUCAAGGUAGCUAUCCCAUAGCCACUGCCACUUUCACACAGUUUAUAAAAUUUGAUCCCAUAUUGGGAUCUUUUGGAUGGGAUAUAUUGUCUAAAUCCCAGUCUUCCCUUAAACUUCAUGAGGGACUCGUCAAUGGAAAUGUUUUUAUUGGGGGUAUAUAUAGUGGCAAAUUUACUGUUAAAGUGGGCAAUUAAAGGGAAUAUUUUAUAAAGAAGAUCAUACUGCAGAUCACCUUUUGGGGGGCACUUGUUAUUGUCACUAAAGUGCAUAAAUCGCAGUAUGUCUUCAUAUCUUUCCCUCUGCAUUGUCUCGGCAAAAAUGGGGGUAUUGCAAAUAGGAUGUUUAGACCAAUACAUCCUAAUUGUGGGAUUUUUAAUUAGCCCCAUUAACAUGGCAGUGCCCAGAAUUGUUUCAAUUCUGGCACACUGGUUGGGUUCCAUCUCUCUUUCCUGGAGAUAAGAGAGUCUGGAUUGCGUGCCAGAUACUGCUCCGCAUAGAGAUUACUAUCUCCCCAAAAAUCUCAUCUCCCACAACAUCCAGCGCACUAUAGCCAGACAGGUCAGCCUGUGUGCCAGGAUUGGCUGUAAACACAGGAUAUCUGGGGAAAAAUUAUUAGGGGGUACCCAGUCAUCUGCGCCAUGUUCAGCAUUAGGGGAAUCGUCGAUUUCCCCUGAUGGUCCUGCAGUAUCUGGCACAUAGUCCCUGUCCCCUGCAUCCCCUGCAUCACUCCCUGCGUCACUCUCUGAGGCAGUGUCUGUCACUUCUGAGUCGGCCGCUAACAGGGCAUAAGCCUCCUCUGCACUAUACUUCCUGAACAUUGUUAAAUACAGUUAACACAGCUAACAAAACUUUAGCUAAAUAACUAAACAUUUUUUUUUAUUCCUAAAUUCCACCCAACCAAGUAACUAAAUCAUAAACUAAUAAAAUCAAAUAAUAAAAUUUAACCCCUUAGGGUUACAAAAAACAUAAAAUGUAACCCUUGAAAGUAAAAAAAAUCACAGUAAAGUACUGUGACCUGUAUAUUGAUCACUGUUAGCAGUGAUCAAGCAGCAGGGAAAGGGUUAUUUAUUUAUUUUUUUAAGAAAGGGGGAAAGGGUAAGCAACUUUUAAUAUACCGUAUUUUUCGCUCCAUAAGACGCACUUUGUUUCCCCUCAAAAGUGAGGGGAAAUGUCUGUGCGUUUUAUGGAGCGAAUGUGAAGCUUUACUUACCUGUAUUGUAGCGUGGGCCGGCAGCACAGCGCGCUCCGCGGUACAGGAACUUCAAUUUCAGGUUCCGGUUUCCGGCGGGACUGAAAGGAAGUGCACACUCAGUGUGCACACUUCCUUUCAGUCCCGCCGGAAACCGGAACCUGAAAUAGAAGUUCCUGGACCGCGGAGCGCGCUGUGAAGCCGGCCCACGCUCCAAGACAGGUAAGUAAUUAUGGGACAAGGGGAGGGGGAGACACUAUGGGACAAGGGGAGGGGGACACUAUGGGACAAGGGGAGGGGGACACUAUGGGACAAGGGGAGGGGAGGAGACACUAUGGACAAGGGGAGGGGAGGAGACACUAUGGGACAAGGGGAGGGGGACACUAUGGGAGAAAGGGAGGGGAGACACUAUGGGACAAGGGGAGGGAGGACACUAUGGGACAAGGGGAGUGGGAGACACUAUGGGACAAGGGCAGGGGGGGACACUAUGGGAGGGAAAGUGCACUAUGGGACAAUGGGAGGGGGGGACACUAUGGGAUCAGAACACUAAUGGACAAGGGGAGGAGGGGUUAAAGAACACUAUGGGACAGGGUAGGAGGGGUUAACAAUCACUAUGGGACAGGGUAGGAGGGGAGACAGGGUAGGAGGGGUUAACAAUCACUAUGGGACAGAGGAAAGGGGGGUUAAAGAUCAUUAUGGGACAGGGGAGAAAAAAAAAUAUUCUGAACAAACUGUCCCAUGGUAAGAAACACUAUGGAACAGUUUGUUCAGAAUAUUUUUUUUUCUGGGUUUCCUCCUCUAAAAACUAGGUGCGUCUUAUGGUGAGGUGUGUCUUAUGGAGCGAAAAAUACGGUAACUAUUCUUCUGGGACACAAUGUUGCAACGAUCCGUCUCUCUCCACUUCACAAACCCACAAGAGGUGGAGGGAGGCGGAUCAGAUGUCCCAGCAGCAUUGUGACCGCUGUGACUGGUUGUCACAGCGAUCACAUGGGCUGGGAUAUCGGGAUUUGCUGUUGCUGGUCUGCCCCUGACUCGGAGGCACCCAGCAACAGCGUUAACCCACCGCAGCGAUCGGGGUUAAUGUUAACGCGUGAUGGACAAGGUCCGUCACUUGUCAUUAACGUUUCCCCUGAGUGACGGACCUCGUCCGUCACUCGUCCUUAAGGGGUUAAAUUCUAUGGGUUACAUCAGAAAGCAUAUCAGAGGAGACUUGCUUUUCAAAAAGCCCAAAUUCGUUUCAUGAUUAUUUUCUGAGGCUCUCUGCAUCAUUUGCAGUCAUCAACAAUGUGAUGGGAAGGAUACUGCAAAACUGUUCAUUACAGAUACAAAAUAGAAACAUAGAAUGUGACAGCAUAGAACCCUUCAGCCCAUCUAGUCUGCCUGAUUUUCUAAAUACUUUUGUUAGUCCCUGGCCUUAUCUUAUAUCUAGGAUAGCCUUAUGCCUAUCCCAUGCAUGCUUAAACUCUUUCACUGUGUUAACCUCUACCACUUCAGCUGGAAGGCUAUUCCAUGCAUUCAUUACUCUCUCAGUAAAGUAACACUUCCUAAAUUUAUUUUUAAAUCUUUGCCCCUCUAAUGUAAAACUUUGUCCUCUUGCUGUGUGUUUUUUCUUCUUAUAAAUAUAGUCUCCUCCUUUACUGUGUUGAUUCCCUUUAUGUAUUUAAACGUUUCUAUCAUAUCCCCCCUGUCUGGUCUUUCAUCCAAGCUAUACAUUAAGAUGCUUUAACCUUUCCUUGUAAGUUUAUUCUGCAAUCCAUUAGCCAGUUUAGUAGCCCUUCACUGAGAUAUGGUCUCCAGUAUAACACUUCAAGUGAGGUCUCACCAGUGCUCUGUACAAUGGCUCAUGCCUCUCACUAAAAUGUUUCUUUUUAACACACUUCUCUCAUUAGUCCUUACCACAAAAUAUAUCUAUUUUUUUCACUGCAGCAAAAACUGGGGGUGGCACAUUGUCCCAGCUUCUGCCACAGACCAACCUAAACUAGUCAUUCUUCAUAUGCCUUCUGUAUUUCCCUCCUACCAUAUGUCUCUCACCCUGUACUGAAUAUUGAUGAUAUUGUAUAUCCCCUCUGCAUCAGACACAUAGUAGAACCUCAAAAUGCUGGCACAUUACAGGUGAAGCAAAGGAAGGCAUGCAGUCAUACUCCUACCCAGUUCCCACUCAAUCAUGCUCUGCAUUUAUACAUUCCCACUAGAAAUAGUAAUAAGUUAAUGUAAGAUGUGUAAGAGCUUCUCAUUACUAUAGCUAGAAUUGUCUGCACAGGUUGGGUGGGAGCUCCCCAGAAAAGCUCUUAAACACAAGGCUGGAAAGAUAAAGGGUGCAUCUGGAUUCCAGCAACAGCCAGUUUAGUUUUUUUACCAUGUCACAAUGGUGGGUCCUGUAAUUACAUUGUAGCACAAAUCGGCAGAACGAGUUAUACAAUGUAUUAAGCCUAUUAAGGUGAGUUUGCAGUGCAGGGGCAUAUACUACAUCUGCAUAAUCAAUGAUUUGCAUCAGCAUUUGCUGUACAUUUUUUUUUCCUUUACUGCAGGGCUUAAGCAGGAUUUGUUUCUGUACAGGGCACCUAGUUUUGGAUAAAGUUUAGAUGCGCGUUUUACUAUGUGGAGGCCAAAAGAUAGAUUAGGGUCUAACAACAUACCCAAGUAUUUGAAAUAGUGGACUGCGUACAGUGUGCCAUUUGAAUUUGUUUUGAUGGAAUAGGUGGGAAUUUUGUAAUUUGUGUAAUUUAGGUACUGUUCCAAAGAUCAUUGUGACAGUUUUGUCAGUGUUUAGGAAGAGUUUGUUUUUUGUGAUCUUCUUUUCUACCUCUAUGAACUGGUCUUGGGGCACAGUCAGUGGCAUACACACGAUCCAUGGGGCCCCAGUGCGAAAACUGAUCCGUGGCCCCCCCGGCGCUUACACUACGUGCCCCCCCCCAGCGCUUACACAUGAUGGCGGGCACCUGGUUGCAUGCUGCGACCCCUGUGACCGCGGUAUGUACACCAUUGCAUGCAGAUACCCAUACACUUAGAGGACACUAUAGGCACCCAGACCACUUCAGCUCAAUGAAGUGGUCUGGGUGCCAGGUCUCUCUAGUUUUAACCAUGCAGCUGAAAACAACUGCUAUGUUUCACUGAGGGUUAAUCCAGCCUCUAGUAGCUGUCUCACUGACAACCGCUAGAGGCGCUUCUGCGAUUUUAACUGUGAAAAUCACAGUGAGAAGACACUGGACGUCCAUAGGAAAGCAUUUAGUAAUGCUUUCCUAUGGGCAGUUUGAAUGCGCGCGUGGCUCUUGACGCACAUUCGGAGCUGAGAGGCAGGUCGGGGCGGAGAGAUCCCCAGCGCCAAGGGAGCCUGGCGCUGGAGAAAGGUAAGUGCUGAAGGGGUUUUAACCCCUUCAGCCCAGCGGGAGGGAGGCCACAAGAGUGGGGGGGACCGAAGGACUAUAUAGUGCCAGGAAAACAAGUUAAUGACAAACAUUCAGUUACACAUACAGACAAACAGAUAUCCAUGCAGACCAAGAGAUACACAUACAGACCCACAUACAGGCACACACACACAUGCAGACACACACAGAGAUACACAUACAUGCACACACACACACACAUACAGACACACACACACUCAUAGUGACAGACCCACAUACACACUCACUGACAAACAAAUAUACACUCUCACUAACAAACACACACUCACUAACAGACAAGCAUUCACACACACAAACAGACACAUACACACCAGCUAACAGAUACACACAUCUACUGAAAGACACACACUCAGUGACAGACAUACAUACACAUUCACUGACAGACAGACACAAAUACACACUCACUUACAAAACAUACACUCUCACUGACAAAUACACACUAACUAACAGACGCCAAACAGACUCACUAACAGACACACACUCAAUAACAGACACACACUAACACACACACAAACUAACACACUCUGUAACAGACACACACAGUAACACACUCACUGACACACACAGACACACACAGACAAACACACACUUACUGACACACAAAACUAACACACUCACUAGCAGACACACACUCAAUAACAGACACACACAAACUAACACACAACUAACACACUCAGUAAAAGACACACACACAGUAACACACACACACUCACUGAGACACAAAACCUAACACACUCACUGACACUCACUAGCAGACACACACUCAAUAGCAGACACACACUAACAGACAAACACAAACUAACACACUCAGUAACAGACACACACACACACACAAUAACACACUCACUGACACACACACACUAACACUAACACACAUACACACACAUAUUUUUAUUUGUUUAAUCCCCCAGCCUCCCUACCUUUGGGAGUGCUGAGGGGAUUCCAGCUUUCCCUGGGAUCCAGUGGAGCUGCUGGGCGGCCAGUCACUGCAAGUGACCAGAGAGCAUUGAUCCUCCUCUUAAGCUCCCUCGUGCGCUGCUCACUGAUGCCGGAGUGAUGUCAUAUUCCGGCUCAGGCAUCACUGCGGUGCGUGUGAGGGAGCUGGGCAGAGAGAGCUCAGGGGGGAAUACACCCUUGCACGCCCGCCCGCAAAGUGACACCACUUCCAGCCUCGGGGGGCCCUGAGGUGGCCAGCUACUAGGCCCACCAGGAGAAGAGGCUGGCAAAAUGCAGCCAUGGCCGCACUGGCGUACAUACCUGGGUCACAGGGCGGCCGGGCCCCCUGCAACUGUGUUAUGAACGCCAGUGGGCACAGCCUCAAGCUGCGGUAGAUCGGAUUUGCGUUCAUAGAUUACUGUAUUGUCUGCGUACAUGUGUACAUUUGAGGAUUUGCAGACAUUAGGUAGAUCCUUUAUAAAUAAUGUGAAAAGUAGGGAGUUGAGAAUGGAACCUUGGAGAACACCACACGUGACGGGGAGAGGGAGUCACUGUCAAAAAUGGACACAUAUUGUGAUCGAUCCGAUACAUAUGAUCGAAACCAGGUUAGUGGACAUUCACCAAUACCUGAGUUUUUCAGUUUGUGCAGUAGAAUGUUGUAGUCUGCUGUGUCAAAGGCCUUUGCAAAAUCAACUUUUAAAAGGGCAGUUGUUGUUGUUGAGUGAUUUGGGCGAAAGCCUGAUUGAUCAGGGGUCAGUUAGUUUGAUGGUAAUACUCACAUUGUUGCGUAUGGACGCAUUUUUCCUAAAUUUUUGACAAUACUGGGAGCAAUGACAUUGGGCGAUAGUUAGAAACUCAAGUAUGGAUAGGUACUACUCUUGCAGUCUUCCAAAGUUUGGGUAUCUACCCAGACACCAAGGAUUCAUUAAUUAGGCUUGUGACAAUGUGACAAGUUUAGCAAUUGCCGGUGCAUUGAGCUUCAACAGCAUUGCUGGGAUUUGAUCAGGUCCAGACUGAUUUUUAGAUUAUUAAGGUGUUUCUUAAUUACACUAAUAGGUACAGGUCUAAAAUGUAACUUCUCUAUAUUGGAUCUUUGCAAACUUAGUGGGGCUUGAUCCAUAUUUGUAGUUUCAGCACUUGUGUCAUGUAUUAGCUUGGCAAUCAGGGUGGUGGUGCAUCUGACAAAAUAAUUGUUAAAAUCAUUUGCUAUAUCUAAGGGAAGUUGCAGGGUUUGGUUUUCCACUUUGACACUGGAGGGUUGGGAGUGGAUUAGGGGAGUUUGUAAGUUAUUUAUGAUUAUAUUUUUCAAAAGUUGCUAGAGUUUGAAAUGUUUAGAUUUUCACUGAAAUAUUGGGCCUUGGCUAAUUUUGUUUGUUUUGUGCAUAUAUUUCGCCAUUUUCUAUAUGCACAGUGAUCUAUCAUAGAGCCAGUACGCUUGAACUUUGACCACAAUGAAUCACAAAACUGGUACAUUUGAAUGAGGUCAGGUGUGAUCCAAUUCAUAUGUACCCCUUUUACUCUGACCUUACCUUAGAUUCAUUCUUUUUAGUAAUAAUACAGAGCUAGGAAUUGACAAAAUCAGUAAAUGUUGACAUGGUGAUUGACAAAUAAUUCUAUGGUGAUAUUAUCAUAUUUCUAGAUUGCAUUCCAAUGUUUUUAGUAUAGCUAUAUAGCAUGCAAAGAUUACAGAUGCUUACAGUGCCAAAUGCUUACUAAUGUCUCGUAAAACUGAAAUGUUUACUAGAUUUAAACAAAUGAUUUACAAUAAAAAAGAACAGUUUAAAAUUAUUAGCUUGGAAGCUGGGAGUACAGCAAGUGAGAAAUCUAAUUGCCUUGCAUAAAAAUCACUUGACCAUUGAUAGAUUAGGCAAAAUAUACAAAUCAAUUAAUCAAUUAAUCUGCUGGCAAGAUCUAACAUAUGUAUGGGGAAAUGUUUCAAUCUUCUUGGGGUCUCUGUCAUGCCUUGACAAGGAUCAUCUUAGAGGGCAGAAAUGUUGGGCCCACAUGUUAGUGGAUUAAAACUACUUUUUGGUGAUUUGGUGAUUCAUGAACCAACUCCAACCCUUUCAAGAUAAUAUAAAAGACUCAGCUGUGGUCCUCUUGACAGACCAUCUACAUCCAGCAAUGAAGAUGUCAACUUGUUGAUCCAGUUGUAGCUUUAACGCUAAAUGUUUAUGCCACAAGACAACUACUAUGUAAAAAAGAAUAAUACAUUAAAGCACAUACUGUAUAAGCUAUAUGGUACCAUGAUAUUUUACAGCUUUUCUAUCUUAAACAACUAAUGUUUAGGCAGGUUACACUUACAAAUAAAUAAUAAUUGCAAAAUAUUGGACCACACAUAUACAGAUGGUGAUGGGCAGAUUUUAUUGGAAAUCCACACAAUGUUCUAUCGCCUACUGGAGCGUGUCUCAAGGUUAAGAAAGUCUCACGUGGGAGCCAAAAGUCUUAAUUUUCUAAAUUAUUAUCAAUUUGCUUGGAAUGAUCCACCCUGGUAUAGAGUCACUGAGAGGAAAUUGAAACAAGUGGCACUCUAUUUUGUAUAUGUUGAACAAAUAAAUAAAUAAAGUCAAGAACAGACAUUAGUGGUAAACAGGUGCAGCAAAUCAUGUAGAGGACAUGAAUGCAAAGUAGGAAUAAUCAUAAGGUAACCUUAGGCAGUUGCCUAGAAUCAAGAGUUUAAACCCUUGGCCCUGGAACCAUAAAUUUGCUUGGUGUUAUUAACCAUUGUUAUGUGAAAAAUGAAAAGGGCAGGGCCUCCACACUGGUAACCUGCCUAGUGUUCUGUGGGAUCUUAAUCCUUAUCAGUAUUAUUGUGUUAGUUACUAUAUGUAGAGUGAGAUAGUUUAGUAUGAGAUUAACAUUUUAUCACUGCAGCAUUUGCAAAUUAAAGACCAAUUUUUCCAUUUUAAUUUCAGAAUUUUCAGAAAAAAAUUGAGACAAUUUUCCCACAAUAAUUUAUAUAUUUUCAAAUGAGUCAUUUUUAUACCGCAUUUUGAAUGCAUAAGACACUAAGAAACCUCAUCUGCACUCACCUACAUACAGAGUUAGGUGUUUGAUGCAGUUUGUUGUAUGUUCUGAUAAUCAUCCAGGGUAUCCGAAUAAAGAAGCACCUUCUUACAGUGCCUCCGGUAACCUUACACAGUGGCCAAGAUUACAGAGUCCCAUGACGAUCUCCAAAAGCACAGUUGUUUAUCUUGUAAUUUUUUUCAGCUCUUCCUCUAAGUAUAGAUUUUUUGUGAUCAGUCUGUUAUAUUUAAAAGUGUAGAAAGACAAGUAAUGACAAUAUCAGGAUGAAAAAAAAAUAUAUAGUAUGGCAUUGGCAAAUAUUAUUCAACCAAAAUAGUUCAAAGACCACUAUAUGUGACCUAUGGCUUCAGCUAUAUAAUAAUUUAUUUAAAAUUUAUAUUUAUCUAUAAUGCAAAACAUGAUAAACUUCAUAGGUUUAGAAAAUAUUUGAAAAAGAUUUCAAAAUUAGAAAGUUUAGAACAUCAGCAAAGAAAUCAGUUUAUAUUGAGGUUAAUAAUUUCCAUACAUAAAUGGAUUAAAAAUUGUUAGAAGAUGUUAAUACAUUUAUAUGUUGCCUAUUACGUGGAAUGUGUUUUGCGAAUAAAAGCAUUUAUUCAUUAGUUUAAACUCAGGUAUUUUAAGUGAUUGCUUUAUGGUAAGGGAAGCCAACAGUAAAUGCAUUGAGCUUUGAUGAAGAAGGUGUGUUACUGAUUCUAUUGCUAUAAAAUCAAAGUGUAAUAAGGUUCAUAAGCAAUGCUCAUAUAAGCCAGUAACAUCGAUCUCCACCCAUAUGAAGUAUAAAAUCAGCCAGUUUGUGCCUAGUAAAUGUGAACCUCCUGUUCAGACUAUACUUGAUCUCAUCAACCUUACAUCUCCUCUGUGAGAACGAUCAUCAUGUCUCAUCACGCCAUCCUUGGUACCUCUGGACACAAACACUUCAGCUCCUGUUCCGUAGCUCUGCCUAAACAUGGAAGCUCACACCAAUCUUUUUCACACUCUUCCAAAUCUGCCGCUCCUGGACACAAGACCUCACAUUGCUUCAGCAGCAGAAGUGCCCAGAGUAUGGGUUCCAAGGGACAUAAGAUCUCAAUUGGAAGUUUUAAUUCUGGGAAAUGUGGACAAGGAUCUGGGCAUGGAUCUGGACACAGAUCUGGACAUGGAUCUGGACAUGGAAUCACUUCAGUUACUGUGAACCAAAGUCUCUUGGCUCCUCUCAAUCUGGAAAUUGACCCAAGCAUCCAGAGAGUGAGGACACAAGAAAGAAAUCAAAUUAGAGGGCUGAAUGAUAAAUUUGCUUCUUUCAUUGACAAGGUGAGAUAAUUUUAUACUGUAAGUGGACUCCAGAGAAUGAAUACUUAUGUAGCCUUGAAUAAUAGCUUUUAUGAUUAGUUAUUAUCACAUCUAAUCAAGCUUAAAAAUAAAAUCUGGUUCACAACUAGACAGCACUAGUUAUUACUAGUCCUCUACCAACAGGUACAUUAUUAAUGUGAACGGUAGAUGUUAGACUUGGACAUGGCAAAAAAAAAAAAAAAUGGAUUGUCAAUUUGUCCAACUAACAUUUAUGUUUGGACUAACCAAAUUGCAUCCAUGUUGCAGUUUGGUUUAGAUUCAUUUUGUCCAUGCAGUUGUUUUUGGAAAAUAGAUUCGGACAAACAAAAAUGGAGCAAAAAUGCACCUAUUAGUGUGCUGCAAUACAAAAGUGGCUAAACUAUUGUCUAGACUAAUGGCUACACAAUACUAGCCCUUUUUGCAAUGCCGGUUGUGAGAUGUCAUAAUUAUAUUAUUAAAUCUGUAUUAAAAAUAUUAAUUUGUAAUGCUUGUUUUACAUUUUGCAAUCUUGUAAUAAUUCAGUUAUCAGUAAAAUAAUCAAAGUUGGUGUAAGUGGCACUGGCAGUGGCUAGACAUAGCAGUAACCUAACCACAUCACUAAUCUCACGCCAGGAUCAGAGACACAGUUUAUCUCCCACCAGGCACAGCAAUGGUAAGACACACAAUAUCACUGUUGGUCUGUAUCCCUCAAUAGCUGAAGUCAAAGUGUCUGAGUGUCAAGUGUCAAAAAUCCUGUUCUUUACCACCUUUUGAUUGGACAGGAAAUAUAGCUCAUAUCAUUGAGCAGAACACUUGUCCAUCAUUGCCAAUCUGCUUAUAAGUCUGCCCUCCCUCAAAAAAAAAUCAGCUUCUUCACCAUUUCUUUCCCCUUUUUCUGGCACCACAGACGGAACUCUGAAACAAACAAAAUGACUAAUUUAUUGCCUGUUUUAUUUCAUGGUAUGUCCAUAUUGCAUUUCAUAUUUGCGGUAUUUGGACAAAUGAACAAUUACCCAACGUUUGGACAAAUCGCAAAUAAUUUAAAUACACAUAAUUUAAACACCUAAUACAUAUUUCUAGAUUUUUGGGUUGUUUCUGGCAGGAAGUUCAGGUUUAUUAAGAAAUACAUUUAUCUGAUUAAUUAUAAAAUAUUUUAAUAUUAUUUUAAUAUGACAAAAAUUUAAUAUUCACAUGCCAUAAACAUUACUGUUUUAGUUUGAGUUUGGAACUGAUGGAUUCGAUCAUAUAUUUGGGUGUUCCAUAUGUCAAUAAAGGAAUAUUUUGAGGCUAUAAAUGUUUGAUAUUUAAUGUUCCAUUGCAGUUAAACAUUAUCUUGGUUUAUAGUUAAAUUCAUAAAAUGUUUGCUCUUAUUAAAUUUAGGUGAGAUUUUUGGAACAGCAGAACAAGAUGUUGGAGACUAAGUGGGGUUUCUUACAAGAACAGAAAAGUUCCUGCUUUCAGAUAGAACCACUGUUUGAGGCUUUUAUCGGUAACCUCAGGAGACAGCUGGAGAACCUGGCAUGUGAGAGAGAACGUCUGGAAGCAGAAAGGAACAAUAUGGAGCAAAGUGUAGAUGAACUAAGGAGAAGGUAAACAUUUUCUUGUUAUCUUCCAUACACCUUCUGAAUAUUACUGUGAUGUGCAAGUUUCAAUUUAAAAAAAAAAAAACAUUCUGAAGCAUAUUCUACAUUAUUUUCAAAAUAUUGAUUAAAUUAUUGGAGUGGAAAUAUUUAUACAAUAGGCUGAAAUCUUAGAACUUUUCUUCUAUUUUCUUUUUUUUUAAUAGGCAAUCUUAAAAAAACUCUUGUAUUUUUCAUAUUCAACAUAUUCACAAACCUUACAUUAUUCUACUACAUCCAUAUUCACUAUAUGCAGUAGGGAGUAGAUAAAUAGACAGACAGGCAGACAGGCAAAGACAGGCAGAGAGAUGGUCCCUACUUUUUCUUAUGUAUAACUAAAAAACUAAAAUCAAAUAGAAACGGUGAGACAAAACAAACAAAGAAUAAUUUAAAAGCAAAACCUGCAGUAACAGAGCUGUUUUUAAUGGAUAAUAUUAAAGUGGAUAAUUACAAACUAUAUUGAUGUACAAAAAAUACUGUUCAUGCAUUUUUCUGUUAAAUAGUAGAAAACUGUAUUAUUUUUUUCUUCCUUUUUCUACUUUAACUACUUCAAAUCAUACCACGGAUGUGAAAUUUAUGAUUUUUGUGUUGUUACUCAUAGUAUUAAUAAUGUAACCAUAACAAAGAUCCUUGUUAUUAUGUCACUGUUAAUAUACCAUUCUGUUUAAAUACUAUUGAUUGUUAGAAACAUUGACAAAAAUGUACAAUUGUUAUUUGUAUUAUUAUUAUUUAAAACAAUAAAAAUAUUUGAAAUAUCACAGGUAUGAAGACGAAGUGAACAGACGCACAGCUGCAGAAAAUGAGUUUGUUGGACUUAAGAGGGUAAGUGAGACGACAACAAAGAUUUAAUUUAAAUUUAAACAAAUUUUAAGAAAUGUUAUGAAGCUCAAUUUUCUUUUUACUGUACAUUCAUCUCUUCUUCAGGAUGUAGACACAGCUUUUAUGGACAAAGCUGAGUUACAAGGAAAGGCUGAAUCCCUGACUGAUGAGAUCAACUUCCUGAGGACCCUGUAUGAUGCGGUAAGUAUAAAUAAGUUUAUUAGCAUUUGUAUUUUGCAGACUGAUUUUUUUUAAACAUAUUUUUAUUUCUUAAGUAUUUUGUAUAUAUACUUAUAGACCUAAUUGAGAAAGUACCUAAUUAUAUCGGCAUUGAACCUAAAAUACUGCAAAGUAAUUAUAAACCACAGGUUUUGUUGUGGAGAGCAAAUGGUUAGAUAAGACAUACAUUAAUAACAAUGCUUUAUAACAAAUAAAAAAACAAACAAAAAAAAAGGAUAAUAAAAGCAAUUAAUUGAAUCAUAUUUUAGAAUUCAUUGUGAAAUAUAUCAUUUAGUGAUUUGUAUCAGAUAGCAUGAGUUAGAAUUCAUCUAACCCUUGAUCACACAGGUUAGGCAAAACCCUAGCCUAUGGAGAAUUAAGUGGAAAAACAACUGGAUAGUAUUACCAGUCCAAAUUGGCUUGGUCAAAAUUUUUUAAAGGGAGGAGAAAUGCACAACCUAAAGAGAGGUGAGAAUAGAUAAUAUCAAGUAAAGAAGUCUAGUAAUUGCAAUUAUUAAAAAACAAACUGAAAAAAAAACAGUUUGUGAAGUCUGAAAACUGUAACAAAACUUUAACAAGCCAAUAAUUAACUAGAUAAUACUCAAAAAGUAUUACUUGGCAAAAAAGAUACCUAGAUAGAGAAAAGCUAUUCGAAACUCAUGGUUUUUCAUAGAAUGUAUAAAAUGUUUGUGUGCAAAUGCAAACAUUCCAUCCACCAUCACAUUUGACAACUGUCAGUAUACAAUAAGGGGAAGAAUAGAGAUUAACAUCAAAAUUAAUGUCAGGAUGCUGAAAAUGAUACUUGUCAGCAAUAUCAGUGGCAAAGACAUGACAGCUGGAGACCUAUAUUGUUAGUAAUGAAAAAAUAUAAUUUUCUUUGCUAGGAAAUUUCCCAGCUCCAGGCUCAGAUCUCAGACACCUCAGUGGUUGUGUCCAUGGAUAACAGUCGGAAUCUAGACCUGGAUGGAAUCAUUGCUGAGGUCAGAUCUCAAUAUGAGGACAUUGCUAACAGGAGCAGAGCUGAGGCAGAGGCCAUGUACCAAUCGCGGGUGAGUGUAUCCAUUUCAAAUCAUGCAGAGCUUUAUCUAUUAAAAAAAAGUGUAUUCUAAUUUUGCCUUUUACUAUUUGAUUGGCAGUUUCAAGAGCUUCAGACAGCUGCAGGAAGAAAUGGGAAUAAUCUGCAGAGCAGCAGAGAUGAGAUCUGCGAACUAAACCGAGCAAUUCAGAGACUGAGGGGAGAAAUAGAUAGCGUGAAGGGACAGGUAAAGAUAUAAAAUAAAAUAAAGUAUAUAUUUUUGUAUUUGGCAUUUUAGGAAGUGUAAGAAUGCAAGUAAUGCACGAGUUAAAAUGUGUGUGCAUAUUGGCUAUCUAGCAGUGGUGAGACUCCACUGGUAAAUAAAAUAUUUGAAAGGUUUUUUUUUGCACGUAGAUUAUUUUGAUAGAAUUUCUUUUCCAUGUUUACUCAGCGUGCUGCCCUAGAAUCUGCUAUAAAUGAGGCUGAAGAACGUGGAGAAUCUGCUGUCAGAGAUGCCAAGAGCAAACUGUCCGAGUUGGAAGAUGCUCUGCAGAAAGCCAAGCAGGACAUGGCUCGUCAAUUGCGGGAAUACCAGGAGCUGAUGAACGUGAAACUGGCUCUGGAUAUCGAGAUCGCCACCUACAGGAAGAUGCUGGAAGGAGAGGAGUGCAGGUUAAAAUAACAUUAUUCUGAUGCUUAUUUAAUUAUUAUUAUUAUUAUUAUUUUUGGACAAGAGCUAUACAUUAUGUAAGCCAAAAGACCCAACAGUGAAAUACCUGCUCAGCUAUACAUAUACAUUCUGUUUUCCUCAAUUUAUAGAUGCAAUUAUUAUGAGAGUAUACUGCAAUGCAUUAUUCUUUACAGAGUUAUUUCUACAAACAAUAAGUUAAUACUAGGCAGUUUCAGCAUUUCCCUCUUAGAAAAUAAAAUGAAUACAGCGUACAGUUUGUAAUGGUAUCUGUUUGAUUUCAGGUUGGCUUCAGGAGACUCUGUUAAUAUCUGUAAGUAGCACAACAUUACUUUCAUUACAUGUUUUUGUAGGCUGUGAUUUCAGUUGAGUUUCUUGUUCUGUUUAUUAAUAUGCCAAUGGCCAAUAUUACAAUAUUAUUGAGACUAAAAUAAUACCCGUAAAGAAUUGUGUCACAUUUUAUCAGCCACCAUAAUUUGCAGAGAAAAUGUAUAAUAAUGUGUAAUAUAUUUAAUCAGAAUUGCAAACUUAUUGGUAAUGUAAUUCCAUUAAAAGCCUUUGAUUUAAAGUGAUACUAUGACAAGGUAGAUGAUUCGUACCAGCAUUUCAGAGAACUAUUGUGCACAUAAAUUGAAUAAAUGAUUCAUAGUUGAAAUCCAUCUAUUUUGGUUUGAUUGACCUGUUACAUUUUUGCUAUUUAGCUGUGCUGCACUCAAGCACCGGAGGACAAAACAGCUCAGGAGGAUCGUCCCAGCGCGGGGGUACCCUUCAUCAUAAGGGUGGAUUCAGUGCCAGCAGUGGGAGGGGCGUCAGCCACCUCUCAAAAGGCAAACACAGCUCUGGCCACGGACACCACUGCUAA